AAUAGACUAGAGUAAAUGCUCAAGUGGGCUGUAACACCACGUCUAAAUGUUGAUUUUUAUGAACAAGAUGGUCUUCAAAAUAGUGAUAGCUAUGAAAUACUAACACUUCCAGCUAUUAUUGAACAACAUCAAUUACCAUGUCUUGUGCGACUUCUUAAUGAUGAUAUAAAUCAACCCACUGAUAAUUAUUGUCUUUUACUUUGUGAAACAAAUGAUCCAUAUUUAAUUGUUUCAAAUGAAACUGAACGAUUUUCUAUUCCAACUUCAUUUGAUGGCCUCUUUGCUUCAGUUGAACGUGGUGUUACUCGUUAUAAUAUUAUUCAAUCUGUUCGUUCUUUACAAUCACAUUUAAAAACUCCACCACCAUCAUCAUCCGAAUUUUCAUAUUUCACAACAUUACAGCCACAUAUAGGAUAUAACAACGCAACUCUUCAUCGUAUACAUCCAGGUACACUUCUUGAAUCAUGUUCUAGGCCAAUUAUAUCAGCUCCUUCUCCAUCACCUUCAUCAACAUCAUCAAAUCGUUUACGUACAUUAUUUGCUAAUUUUCCACGCUCACUGAAUAAACAUCUAUUACCUAAUUAUCAACAAUCACGUUCAAUUAAAAAUCAAUCAUUAUCAAAUGAUUAUUUUGAAGUGAAAUCUAAUCAUUACGAUGAAAAUUUUAAUUUAAAAUUAGAUUCAAAUGGUUCUUUUGUUCCUGUAUAUACACAAUUAUCAUCAAUAGAUCCUUGUAAUCAAUCAUUAUCUCCAUCGAAUAGAAUUCAAGGUUUAAAUACCACUGGUUUAUUAAGUCAAUUAACUGAUCAAUAUCCACUUAUAGUCGAACUUAUUGUAAGUCGCACAUUAGAAGAAAAUAGUCCAACAACAGCUGGAUAUCCAUUCCGACGUAUAACAUUACAUCGUCUUGCUGAAAAUCAUACACGUAUUAUUGCAUUUGAUAUGAAAAACUAUGCAUUUAUUGAAAUCGAUACAACAGAUUCAAUUGAUAUGUAUGUUAUUGAACAUGAUGAUACAUUAUUUCAACGUUAUCAAGCACAAUUACGUUGGUGCCAUAAACAUUUAUCAGCAUUUCGUUCACAAAUAAAAACAAUUGUUCAUUCAUCAAAUGGUACAGCUAUGUUUGUUCAGGCAACACCAUUUCAUGGACAACAACUUCAACAAUAUCAUCAACGUCGAAAUUCAUCAUCAAUCAUAUCUUCACCACUUGCUAAACAUAUGCCACAAACAAUUUUUACAUCACAAGAAUCAUUAUCAUCAAGUCGUUUACGUGCUCAUACACCAUUAUCAUCGAAAUAUUAUACAACAUCAAAUCAUUUGAAAUAUGCAGACAAACAACGACACAAAGGAAAAACAAUUGGUUCGAGUGGAACAGCAAGAAAAGAUGUACGAUUUUAUUUUAAUGAUACAACUAUUCAAAAACAUAUUCGUGAUGAACGAAAAUUAUUUAAUAAAAAACAUUCAACUUAUGGAAUGAAUAGUACAGCAAAUGAUAGUAUUGAUGGAGAUGAAGAAAAUGACAGUUCAUUUCAAUGUACAGCUUUAUAA